AUGGACGCCUUAUCUUCCACUUUCGUCUUUCCAUUGUCCGACACAAAACCUCUUCCCUCUCCUAUCACCACCACCAAAACCUCUUUAUCACCACAACCACGCCUCCCUCUUUUUACUGUUUCCUCCUUCAUUAAAGAAAAAUCCACUUCAAAGAACUACAAACCAUCAACAUACCCUUCAAAACCCACUUCAAAAAAAUCAACACCACUAGCUCCACCAACGGCGAGGCCAGUGGAGCGGUCUCUACCGGCGAUCAUCUUCAAAAUAUUCGAUGACAUCAUAAACAACUUCAUAGAUCCUCCACUCCGACCAUCGGUAGAUCCAAGAUGUGUACUCUCCAACAACUAUGCCCCCGUCGACGAACUCCCUCCGACGGAGUGUGAAGUGAUAUAUGGCUUCCUCCCAUUAUGCCUCGAUGGUGCGUACAUUCGAAACGGUCCAAACCCUCAGUUCCAUCCUCGUGGACCCUCCCAGCUCUUCGACGGCGAUGGAAUGCUUCACUCUAUCAAGAUUUCCCAAGGUCGAGCCAUUUUCUGUAGUCGCUACGUCAGGACCUACAAGUACGUAGUGGAGAGAGACACCGGCUCUCCGGUGAUCCCAAGCCUCUUUUCCGUCUUCAUUGGCCUCACCGCCUCUGCGGCGCGUGUAGCAGUAACCGCCGCCAGAGUAUUUGCCGGAAAAUUCAACUUCGUCAACGGCAUUGGCGUUGCAAACACCAGCUUGGCUCUCUUCGGUGGUAGGCUCUACGCUCUCUGCGAAUACAACCUCCCUUACUCCGUAAAAGUGGCCGGAGACGGCAUUGUCGUAACCUUAGGUCGCCAUGAUUUCGACGGCAAGAUUUUCAUGAGCAUGACAGCACACCCUAAGAUCGAUUCUGACACCGGCGAAGCCUUCGCUUUCAGGUACAAUGCUAUGCCACCGUUCUUAACCUUUUUCCGAUUCAAUUCCGACGGGACAAAACAAGCUGACGUCCCAAUCUUCUCCAUGGCACGUCCUUCGUUCCUUCACGACUUCGCCAUUUCAAAAAAGUACGCCAUAUUUUCCGACACACAAAUAGGGGUGAACCCAGUUGACAUGAUCGUCGAAGGUGGAAUUCCGAUGCGUUCAGACCCAGAAAAACUGACUAGACUCGGAGUAAUCCCAAGAUAUGCUAAGGAUGAAUCAGAGAUGAGGUGGUUUGAUGACGAGGACGGCGGCAAUACAGUGGUGAUGGUGGCUCCAAACAUAUUAUCGGAAUCUAGACUUUGCAGUGAUCAAUCCGGCUUAUGUGGCAUGAGGGUGGAGAAGAACAGGUAUGCGUACGCAGCGGUGGGGGUUUCAAUAGUAGCGAAGGUAUCAGGGAUGGUGAAGCUCGAUGUAUCAGUAUCAGAAGAUGAUCGUCGUGACUGCAUAGUGGCUAGCCGGAUGUUCGGACCCGGCUGCUACGGCGGCCAGCCCUUCUUCGUGGCAAAGUCGCCGGCGAAUCCACAGGCCGAUGAGGACGACGGGUACGUAUUAACUUACGCGCAUGAUGAGAACACAGGAGAGUCUAAGUUCUUGGUCAUGGCCGCCAAGUCGCCGGAUUUUGAAAUUGUUGCCGCCGUGAGGUUGCCCAACCGUGUGCCCUACGGCCUGCACCUGAACAAGCUGUGA